UACAGAAACAUUCUCUAUCCACGAACAUGAACAACAACGGAGCUUAUUCUGGUAUACCAACUCCAUCUACCUCCUCUGUGGAAAAUACACCAUUUGCUCCGAAUGCCACUUUAGUGGCGUCUGGUCAGCGGGCGCAGCCACAGCUUCGAGGUGCAGGAGGCCAAGCACCUCUCCCAUCCCAGCAAGUGAAUCAACCCGCAUUCAAUAGACUGCCCCAGCCCCAGCCCCCCCAUCAUCCACAAGCAUACCCUUCACCUGCCACGACUACCCCUGGGCCGUCUCUUGAUGCACUUAAUAGGAUGGCGAAUGAGAAUGCGAGGUUCGGUGGUAGACUCCCAGGAAUGCCGGCUCAGACCUGGAAUACCGGUUUCCCUCCUCUACCUCCCAUUCCCCAAGUUCCUCAGGGUCCCUAUCGGUGGCCAGCGUACGACCACCAUUUAUCCGCGCAAAAUUAUUACGGUGGCUACCACGGACCCCCAGCUCAAGGUGCAGCGCCUUAUCAGGGUGCUCAGAUGCAUCCCCCCGCUGCUCGUGCAGUUCAGGUCCCGCAUCUCCAGCAGCAACAGGUGCUGCCCAAUGCUGCACCUCCCCCUCCAGCUACGCAAAAUUAUCACGGUGGCUAUCACGGAGCUCAAGCUCAAGGCGCUUAUCAGGGUGCCCAGAUGCAUCCCCCGCUGCUCGUGCAGUUCAGGUCCCGCAUCUCCAGCAGCAACAGGUGCUGCCCAAUGCUGCACCUCCCCCUCCAGCUACGCAAAAUCAUCACGGUGGCUACCCCGGACCUCGAGCUCAAGGCGCAGCGCCUUAUCAGGGUGCUCAGAUGCAUCCCCCCGCUGCUCGUGCAGUUCAGGUCCCGCAUCUCCAGCAGCAACAGGUGCUGCCCAAUGCUGCACCUCCCCCUCCAGCUACGCAAAAUUAUCACGGUGGCUAUCACGGAGCUCAAGCUCAAGGCGCUUAUCAGGGUGCCCAGAUGCAUCCCCCCGCUGCUCGUGCAGUUCAGGUCCCGCAUAUCCAGCAGCAACAAGUGCUGCCCAAUGCUGCACCUCCCCCUCCAGCUACGCAAGAGCAUGCGCCCCGAAUCCCCGGAUAUGUGAAUCCCCAUGUACCUUCCCUUGGCCAGGGAGUGCAGCAGGCGCCGCCUGUGCAGUGGCCCCCUCCCGUCCCCUUUGCCGGGCCACCGGCUCAGCAGGCAAUACAGCAGGCGCCGCCUGUGCAGUGGCCCCCUCCCGCCCCCUUUGCCGGGCCACAAGGUCAAUUUCAACCACCGGAACAGGUAAUGCCCCAAGUACCAUCCGCAGGCCCAGUGGAGGGGAGUUCUACGCGUGGUUCAAAGAGGAAAGCAGUAGAUCAUGAUAACACUACGCAAUCGAAACAAAAGCGUCAUCGUCCUCAGGGUGAUCCAGAUUUUGAGCUCGCACCGCCAUCCGAAGAUGGCAAAAUUAGGUGGAAAUGUCUUAA